UUACUUAUCAUCUAAGUUUUAAAACAUUAAAAGUAAGCCGUAGUUUAAAUCGCAAUUAUAAUAAAAUAACUUAAUGUUAGCAACUCCACUACAACCUGCUUUCGAAGCAGCUGCACUAUCAAUAGUCUAUUAAUACAAAAAAAUAUUCAAAUUAUAAAGAAAACAUGGCAAAAGACGAAAAAUCCUCUACAAAGCCUCAAAGACAUGAGCAUGAACAUGAUAAGAUUAAGCCACCAAAUAAGAUAAUUAUACGUCAUCUACCGCCCACCAUGACUGAAGAAGACUUUCUUAAGCAAAUUGAUCCGUUACCCGAGCAUGAUUUCUAUUAUUUUGCUCCAGCUGACUGGUCAUUGGGUUCAGAUGCUACUUGCCGUGCUUACAUUACUUUUAAGAAUCAUAAUGAUAUUUUUUUGUUUCGCGAUCGUUUCGAUGGUUAUGUUUUUGUGGAUAGUAGGGGCAAUGAGUAUCCAGCUAUUGUAGAAUUUGCCCCAUUUCAAGGCGUUUUAAAGAACAAAUCACGCGGUGGCGAUAGUAAGGUUAAUACAAUUGAACAAGAACCACAUUACCAACAAUUCUUGAAAAAGCUGGAAGAGGAACGUGAAGCUAUAGCUAAAGGAAAUGAAUGUAAAUUGGAAUUUUCUUUAGAUCGUAAAAAGGAAGAAGUUGCCUCCACUCCCUUGUUACAGUAUUUGGCAAAUAAAAAAGAAAAGCGUCGUGAAGAGGCGAAAAAGCGCACGCUGGAGAAGAAGAGGCAACGCGAAGAGGAACAACAAAAGCAGCAACAGCAAAGCGAAGAAAGUUCGCAGCAAAAGCAAGCGGACGGGAAAAAUGGUAAAGAUGUCAAUGCCUCAUCCAAACAGCCUGAUAAGGAGGAGGUUAAAACUUCAAGACAAAAAUCCAAAAAUGAUCGCAGAGCGGAACGUAAUCGCCGCCGAGCUGAGGAAUUUAAAAAACGUUUGGAAGAUCAUCAAAAUUCACAUAAAAGAGAUGAGCAGGCAGAGAAAAAAGAGCAUAGGCGUAAUCGCCGAGAAAAAGAAAGAGAAAAGGAAAAAGCCAAGAAUUUGGAAUUGGGGAAACACAUCGAGAUCUUGAAAAAGCAUAGCACAUCGGAUCUGAAUGAAUCAGUACGGAAUUUUAUAUAUCAAGCGGCACAGAAUUUAGCAGCGAAAACUCAAGAAAGCGUGGACGGGAAAACAAGCGAUGAGGCAAUACAAAAAACUCAAAGCGCUCCUGGCCUAAGUACUGAUAAUGACUUAAAAAUUGCGCAGGAAAAACUAAACAAAAUUAAUAUAAAAGACGAGCCCAAAAUGCAAAACUUACUUAGUAAGGAAGCUAAUGGGAGCGCGAAUAGCGAAGAAAAAAAUAUGCAACAAAAGCAGCAGCAGCAAAAAGAAAAAGACAAACGCGACGAAAAACGUAUACGGAAUAAGGAUCGGCCUUCUAUUGCUAUUUAUCAGCCUAAGCCACGUCUGCGUUUAUCAGAGGAAAGCGAUACUAACUCUAAUAGUCGUGAUGCGCGCAGUCAACCAACGUCUGACUGUGAGGGAGUCAGUAAAAAAGACGAUCAAGCAAUGCAAGAACAGCCAAGGAAUAAAAAAGUACCACGAUAUUCCGAACGUUCCCGUAAAAGACAAAAGCCUGAACACAAAGAAAACAGAGAUAAGGAACGUUAUUAUGAUAAAGACCAGAAGAUUGAACAAAAAAUUUAAGUUGAAGAAUUCUGCAUAAAAUCUUAGCAAUUUUACAAUUAUUGAUAAAUUUUAAUAAAUAUUGAAAUCGGCGUUGGUUUUCCAUCACCUAAUUAAAUUAUCUAAAAUCAUUAAAUAUAUAUUUAAUCUAAUUCGAAAAAUGCAAGGAGUGAUAGAAAUAUGAAUCGUUUUGGAAAAUGGAUGAGGAUGAAAUUGCUAAAAAACUGAACAACCCGAACAAAUCUGGAAAUUUUAACUGGCAUGAAAAAGAACUCUGAACCGUCUCGGUCCCCUCCGUUCACAAUGGAAUGGCAUUCUCGACGCUGUACCGUGAUGCUAAAGAUAUACGUCUGGGGACGAAAGAACUAUAUUGAACUAUACGUUUUCAUGUUGCCUGCCGACCAUGAAAAAUAUCCGCGACAAUGCAAACAUCCCCGACCAUGAAAAAUUAAAGCUGUCAGUUUAGUCAUUAUUGUUGCACUCAUAGCAAUCUACUGACAAUAAGCUUUUGUAUUAAGAGCAAUACAGUAGCCUUCAAGAAUUCAGAAGAGUACACAAAUAUUUUAAAAA